AUGAUCCGGGAGCAACUUACGCUCAACCCAGAGAGCGAGCCUGCGAGCCCUCGUUCCUCAAUGCAAAGCAACUACCCACGCAUGUCUGCAGUCAGCUUCUACCUCCCCGAUGUCCACACCGCUCCAAAUUCGAGCAAUACGAGCAUCGGUCGUGAUGAUAUCAUCCCAGUGACCAGCAACAGCCCAAACUCAAGCAAUACAAGUAUUGGAAGCGAUGACCUUAUCCUAGCGGCCAGAAACAGCAACGUCGCGCGCAGUCCAACCCGCAAAUUAGCCGAAGAGAAAUAA